AUGGAAGCCCAAACUGUGGCGACCAUCAUUGUGGAGGAGGUUGUUGCACGGUUCGGGGUGCCGCAGUACAUACAUUCCGACCAAGGGAAGCAGUUUGAGGGCAAACUUUUCAGGGAAAUGUGUCAGCUCUUACACAUUAACAAGACCAGAACGACGCCAUACCAUCCUCAGUCAGAUGGAAUGGUUGAGCGAUUCAACAAAACAUUGGCGUCAAUGCUCAGCGCUUACGUAAACGAACACCAUUCCGACUGGGACACAUACAUACCCUAUGUAAUGAUGGCUUAUCGCUCGUCUACCCACGAAACAAUAGGAUAUAUGCCCAAUAGGCUCAUGCUAGGUCGGGAGGUUGCAACACCACUAGACCUGAUUGAUGAAAUGCCGAGAUUUGCAAAGGCUAUCCCUCAGCAUCGUUGGGUUUGGGAACUGCAAGAAAGAAUGGAAGAGGCGCAUUCUUUUGUUAGAGAGAAAUCAGCUGGUGCUAUGCUCAGACAGAAACAGUACCAUGACCAGAAACUUAGCUGGCAAGCCUUUGUAGUUGGAGAGAUGGUAUAUGUCUUCUUUCCUCAUAAGAAGCAGGGAACUAUCACCCAAACUUACAAGUUUCUGGCGGGGGCCUUUCAAGGUGUUAGGGGAAAGCCGCAGGUGAUUCAUGUAGACCGCAUUCGAAAGAAAUACGAUCAGUAUUUGAGAGGGGAGACGAGCGGUGAUCGAAACCAGCCUGUUGAACUAGCAGUUGGUAUAGAAGAACCAGACCAAGUGAAGCUCCUGUCACAAACUGAUAUGAUAGCUGAGUUUGAGAAGGAUGAUAUAGAUGACAGAAGUAGCAUCGACUCAGAACCCGAGGCUUUGACUAACCAUCGUCAGCGCCACCGACAACCACCUCGCUGGAUGAAAGACUAUGUCCACAACUGCACAUGCGCUGUAAGAGAAACACUUGUAUAG